CCUAUAAAUAAACCUUGCCCUAACUUUACCCAUUUCGCGAUCCCAAAUUAAAUCCGUCUCGAUUUCUCUCCUUUUUGAUCUAAAAUUCCUUCAACUCUUUCCUUUUUGUUUCUUCAAUUCGACUCUCACCCGUUUAUUCGUUUUCUCCUCUUUCAUUUGAUCCUUAUUGCACCCAUUCCCGUGUCUUGAAUUCGAUUCUAGGGUUAGGGUUUCUGAAAAUUUUUCGAUUUCAAAAGGGAAUUUCGUUGAUCUGUACAUUUUGACUUUGGAUUUUCUUUUUAUUGAUUCAAUUUUUUCUGGGUCGUUCGAAUUUUUCUGGUUAUUCUUAAAUAUCUAAACUUUAUAGAGAUUCUGUUAUUCACAAGUAUCUCCUUUUUUUUUCCUUUUAUUUUUCCUGUGUAAAAUAUUUAAAAAUAGUAAAAUUUCUAAUUCUAUACCUUUAUUUCUUGCAAAUCAGUGUUUAAUUAUUUUAAGAAGCAUAAUUUUUAUUUAUCCAUUUUUUUAUUUCAUUUACUAUUUCCUGGUUCUUUUAAAUUUCUCAACUGAUUGGUCAACGAAUUCUCAGGUUCUUCUUUGUAAGUGCUGGAUAUGUUCUUUCUCACUGCCAUUUAAAGUUAUAGGUGUACAACUCAACUCAACUCAGUUGACUCUUAACCACUAUGUGAAUCCUUUUCCUUCAUUCUUCCAAUCUAGGCUGCAUUCCUUGAAGGAUAUAGAAAAGCAAAGUCCUUUCUCAUACAAAUCCUCUGGUGCAUAAACUUUUAUUCUCUAAAAUAUGAUUACUUAUUACUUGCAGGUUAAAAUGAUUCAUAAACGUCCUUAUGUUGAUGACUCUCAAGGGGUUGUUUGUAAGCAUCCGAGGCAAUGGGAAAAUACCAGCUGCUUUGCUUCAGUUGUCAAUGGUGUUCAUCCUAAUGGUGCUCUCCCGAACCAUCAAAUUUCUGAAGGUAAAUGGGAGGACAUUUACAGUAAAUGCCAAGAUGAAGGUAGGUUUGAUGAGGAUCCAUGCAACAAAGUGCUAAGUGGAGCCAAUAAGGAAUAUGAAACUAGUGCUUCUUGUUCUGUUCCUCAUUUUUGGUGGGUAAACAGCAAUGGCAUAGAUGCAGAUACUGAGUCAGAGGUGGCAGUUCAUCUUCCAUUGUUUCCUGAAUAUUUUGCAUCUGGACACCAAAUUAGGGCUUUUCUUCAUGCCGAUGAGAUCUAUUCAUCUAUUCUUUCUCCUCGAAAGCUAGUUUCUAUUGGACCAGAGCAUCAAGCCAAUAUUCCAGAAUGGAGGCAACAGGGUCUGAAGAGCUCUUCAGAUUGUCCAGAUACAUCGGAUCCUCAAGUUCCCCUUAAAUCAUCAUGUGCAAGCCUUAUGGUUGAUGAUGAUGAUGAUCAGAAGAAGAUGAUGGGUACUUGUGUCAUUCCAAUGCCUGAUUCUGAAACAACUGCAAAGUUUUGCUGUGAAGAUGUGGGACACAGAAUUGAUUGUGAGUGCCUUGAUCAGGGUUCUAUCAGAUGCAUUAGACAACAUGUGACAGAAGCAAGAGAGAAUUUAAGGAAGAACCUUGGGCCGGAAAUAUUUGGGGAGUUGGGUUUCUGUGAUACAGGGGAGGAACUUGCAAAAAGAUGGCCUGAAGAGGAAGAGCUAGCAUUUCAAAAUGUCGUCCUUACUAACCCUGUGUCACUGGGUAAGAAUUUCUGGGAUCAUCUCCCUGCAGUUUUCCCUUCCCAUAGCAAGAGGGACCUUGUUAGUUAUUAUUUUAAUGUCUUUAUGCUCAGAAAACGUGCUGAGCAGAAUCGAGUUGACCCUGUAAAUAUUGAUAGUGACGAUGAUGAGUGGCAGACAGCUGAGUGUGGAAUUCCAGCAGAGGAUGAUGACUCUGUCGUGGAAUCUCCAAGUGAUCAAGGAACUUCUGCUCAUUUUGAACACAACCAUGUGGAAGAUUGCCAUGAGUACAUUGAGGAUGACGAUGAGGAUGGGGUUGAUUCUUCCGGAAAUGUUGUUGCUGAUAUUUGUAGAGCUGCAACUGAUGAAGAAGAUGAGGGAGAUAUAGAUGAGAUUUCAGGACCACAUGUUGAAAGUUUCAUUGGUAAUUAUGAUAGCUGUGACUUUCAGCUUUCAAGUAAGGUUCAGGGGAAUAAUGAGGAUGAUUAUGAUAUUCAAGAUGACUCAUGUACAUCAUAUGAGUAUCAGAGGGAGAAGGUUGAUUGCUGUGGUCUGCCUGAGACAGUGAUGAAUGCAAACCAACCUAGUCAAGAGUGACUGACUUCACUGGUCACACACUAUUAAUAGGUUGACAAAAGUAAUGGUGGAUGAAGUUUAGGAGCCUUCCAAGCAUAGCACUUGGAUGUCAAUAUCAUAAUGGAGAGUUAAUUUCUUUAGCUGUGCAAUGUUUGAAUGUAAAGUGCUUCCUCCAAGGAAUUUUGAGGAAUGCAAGGCUGACAAUGGUGUGUUUUCAAUUCCUGUUAGUGAUUUCUCUUGAAUCUUUCAAAUUCAAGCUAAGCCUGAUAGAGCUUUCCAACGUUUGUUGGAUGGUAAGGAUCCUCAUGGUGAUUGAAAAUCAGCUGUUUCAAAAUAAAGGUUGAUAUAUUUUCCAGUGAGAACUUCUGCAUGUAGCAGACAAGAAGAAUUGUGUUACAUGAUUAGUUUCUUGGGAGUAUGUUAGUAUCCAUGGGUGUGACAAAGAAACUCAUGGAAUUUUGUCUUCAAUUUGCAGUUUGCAGCACCAGUACCGCCAGGACAUGAAUCCUGUUCUUUUUCUUCAUCAGGAUCAGUCUCUCGGGAAUAAUAUACAGGAUGAGUGGUGAUUCCAUCAGAAGGGAUCCCUGUAGAAAGGGACCUCAACUCAUGAUUGGACUUAGUUUUGGUCUUUGCGAGUCUGUUGAUUGUGUUUAUCUGGCAUGAGCAAAUGUGUUUAUUUGCUACUUUUUUUUUUAAUUUUUGGUGUAGCGGUGUAUUUAUUCAAGCGAAGAUGGCUUUGCUAUAAAUGUAAUCAUUUACAAUCUGUGAGAAUAAAUUCUAGUUUUUGUCAUUCAUGCCUGAUGGGUAGC